AAUAUGCCCAAACCCCGCGGUGGCCAGCGUCCAAAUUACAAUAGUGGACAAGGUGGUGGUUCACGAUAUGCAGCACUGAACGACUAUCAAAAUGAUCACGAUGAUCGCGGUAAUGAUGGCCGCAAAAAGGAGCGCAAUACCACACGAAGGGUUAGUUUUAAGCCCUCAGCCUUGCAGAGUAAGGGCGGCAUUAAGGGUCGUGUCAAUGAGUUGGCCCUGCGUUCCCGUUUGGAGGAUGAUGAGGAUAUGGAUGAUCGUUCACAAGGCCCCCGACGCAAAGGUUCACCCAUACCCAAAGGCAAAUUUGGCAAGGGCCGUAAAUUGGGUAUCAGUCAGUUUGGAUGGUAUCAAGUAACGAUUCAUUGCGGCCAACGUUAUGGCAAAGAUGAUCUCAUACGUGCCCUACUGCAUAAUCUCACACCCGAUGUCUUCAUACCACUCUUUUGGCGUACGGAAAAAAAUUGUGUCAUCUUUUUUGUGGAUGAUUAUGCCAUGGCAUCACGUCUCAUGCAAUUGGAUCGUAGCGUACAAAUGUCCGAUGGUUGUCGACUUGCUAUUCGUGUACGCGAAAGUUGUCCCAUGGUACCCGUCGAUGAAGAAUUUAAAGAAAAAAUGAAAUUGGUUAUGGCCAAACGUUAUAAUCCGAAUACCAAGGCACUCGACUUAUCCAAAUUCUAUGCUGAUCCAGAUUUUCGUCAAACAUUUGUGGGGUUGCAUCGUACCGCUGUUAUGUCGGCGGCAUUGGAUAUUAUACAAAAGAAUAUACCCGAUUUGGAGGCGCUGAAUUUAAAUGACAACGAUUUGAGUACAAUGGAAAGUUUUCGUAAUAUUGAGACCAGAUUGCCACAUUUGAAGAUCUUGUAUUUGGGUGGUAAUAGUUUACCCUCCUUGGCAACUUUGCUGGUGUUCCGUAAUGCCCCCAUCAUCGAAUUGGUUUUGAAGAAUAACCCCUUACGGCAACGCUAUAAAGAUCAUUCACUUUAUGUCAGCGAAGUACGGCGUAAAUUCCCUAAACUAAUUAAAUUGGACGGUGACGAUUUAGAACCCCAAAUCCUUUUCGAUGUCAAUGACAGUUCGGUUAUGCCCAAGGCACAAGCCUCAUUUUUAUGCGAUGCCUCUGGUGCCGAUAUAAUACGACAAUUUUUGGAACAAUAUUUCAUCAUUUUCGAUUCGGAUAAUCGUCAACCAUUGCUGGAUGCAUAUCAUGAACAGGCAAUGAUGUCCAUAUCUGUACCGCCAGCCAGUCAAGCCGGCCGCUUGACAUCAUUUUGGAAAUAUAAUCGUAAUUUUCGACGCAUUGUUAACAACGAGGAUGUCUCCAAGUUGAGACAAUUGAAAGUUGGCCGUUUGCAGGUGGUAUCAACACUGGCCGAAUGGCCAAAGACACAACAUGAUCCGCAAUCGUUUUCCGUGGAUUUGACAUUAUUUACACCCAAACUAAUAUCCUUUACCGUUGCUGGUCUCUUCAAAGAAUUUGAAUCGUCCACCUCGACCACUGGCGAAAUUCGCUAUUUCCAAAGACAAUUUGUUAUUGUACCCGCUGGCGGUGGUUUUUGUAUACGCAAUGAAAUGAUUUUGGUAACAAGUGCCACGGGCACCCAGGCACGUACCUUCCUUAAGCCGCCCCCCGCAACAGAGCCACCAGCAGCUGGUACUGCCACAAAUCUACCGCCCACAGCUGCAGGCAGUCUACAAAGUCGCUUACAAAUGCAACAGCCAUCGACCUCCGCAGCCGCCGCUUUAAUGCCACAGCCCGCGAUACCCACCCAACCAGACGAUGCAACAAAAAUGCAAAUGGUUCAGGCUAUGUGCACCCAAAGCAAUAUGAACAUCGAAUGGAGUAGAAAAUGUCUCGAAGAAACCAAUUGGGAUUACAAUCAUGCAGCUUUUGUUUUUGAUAAAUUACACAAGGAGGGUAAAAUACCUCCUGAAGCUUUUGUAAAAUAAAAAA